CUCUCUCCUCUUGGUGCCGUGUUUACACAAAAAUGUCUCAAAGUAAACCCGACAAGGACAACAAAACUCAAGAGGCCAGAAAGACGAUUUCUUUGCCGAUGUCUCGGGUGAAGCUGAUUAUGAAGAGCUCCCCGGAUGUCUCCAGCAUUAACCAGGACGCUCUCUUUCUCACCACCAAGGCCACAGAGCUGUUCGUGCAGCAUUUGGCUCUGACUUCAUUCACCAACAGCUCCGGGAGAGAAACCAACACUUUGGAUUACAGCGACCUGGCUAAAACUGCAGAGGCGACCGAGACUUUCCACUUCCUCACAGAUAUCUUACCAAAGAAGAUCUUGGCUCGAGAUUACUUCAAGUCGUUGGAGCAAAUGCAAGACGAAGAAGCUGAUUUUUGACAAGAACAUGACUUUACCCUUAUUUGGACUUAUGUUAUUACAUGUACGUGUCUUUAUGAGCAUUGUGACUGUCGGCAGACACUUUGAACUUUAUCAGUCCUUUUAGACACUGAGUUCAUGUCGAGCUCUUUGGA